AUGUUUUCUAUUCAUCGAACAACAGUAUCAAGAAUAUUUUAUUCAACUUUAGAUAAUCUAGCUGAAGCAACUGCAACAUUAGUAUUUUGGCCAGAUAAAUUAAGUGUCCGAGCAACAAUGCCAGAUUGCUUCAAACCAAACUAUAGCAAUACUCGUGUCAUUAUUGAAUGUACUGAAUUUAAAAUUGAUGUGCGUUCUGCAGUAGAUCAUCGCGUGUAUUGUUAUUCUAAUUAUAAAAAAGGAUUUACUCUCAAAGUGUUAAUUGGUAUUACUCCCAGUGGCUUCAUCUGUUUCAAGUCACCUGCAGUAGGUGGUAGAAAAAGUGAUUCUCAAAUCACAAUUGAAUCAGGUUUAAUUGAUCUAUUAGAAGAAGAGGAUGUAGUAUUGGCUGACAAAGGAUUCCCAGAUAUCCAAACUGUGAUUGACAGUCAAGGCAAAAAAAUUCUUCUUGUUAUGCCACCUUUUUUAGAAAGAAAAAAAGAAUUUUCUCAAGAGGAAACUGAGCAAACAUAUACUAUAGCUAGAGUCAGGAUACACGUGGAAAGAAUAAUGCAAAGGCUGAAGACUUAUAAUAUUUUAAAUAAAAUACCUGAAUAUUUGUUUGACAACGUCGAUGACAUAAUACAUAUAUGCUGUGUAUUAGUUAAUCUACAGCCUCCAAUAUUUGCUGAAAAAAGUGAAAACAAUAAUUGA